AUCAAUACAACCCUUCUCUCUCUCUCUCUCUCUCUCUGAAGAAGGGAAGCAAUGAGGACCAGUUGAAGAAGAACUUGUUUAUUCUUUAUUCAUUUUCAUAAUUAUAUUUAUAAAAAAAAAAAGGUGUGAGAAGAGAAGAAGAAACUCAAAAAAAAAUAUCAAACACCUUUGUCUCUUUUCUGUUCUGUUUAGUACUUCACUUCACUUCUCUGUUCUGUUCUGUUUUUGUGAAUAAUAAUAGAGACAUGAAGAAGGUAUAUUCACAUUGCAAUAAUCAUCAUCAUCAGAAACAAUUCAACACAAGAACAAGAGCAAGACAACACAAUCAUCAUUCUCAUUCUCAUUCUCAUUCUCAAUACCAAAACAUUAGACUACAAAAUCUGCUACUUCUACAUUCUUUGCUUCUUAUCAUUGUUACUCCAGCAUUGUGCAAUGUUCACCAACCAUUAUUGAACUUGAAGUCUAAUAACCAAACUCUAAGAUCAAAUCUUGAGUUACUCAAGCUGAGAAGGAUUAGAGCACACUUGGCCAAGAUCAAUAAACCUGCUCUCAAAACAAUUCAGAGUCCAGAUGGUGAUUUGAUUGAUUGUGUUUUGUCUCAUCAACAACCAGCUUUUGACCAUCCUAACCUUAGAGGUCAGAGACCAUUGGAUCUGCCGGAGAGGCCGAAGGGAUACAAGAACAAGAACAAUGAAAAAAUCGGAAUGAAAAGCUUUCAACUAUGGAGUGAUUCUGGUGAAGAAUGCCCUAAUGGAACUAUUCCAAUUAGAAGAACAAAAGAGGAAGAUGUUCUAAGAGCAAGUUCCAUUAGAAGAUUUGGAAAAAAACAUGUAAGGAGAGACUCAACCGGUAACGGCCACGAGCAUGCAGUUGUUUUUGUGAAUGGAGAUAAAUAUUAUGGAGCAAAAGCAAACAUAAAUGUAUGGACACCAAGAGUUACAGAUCAAUAUGAAUUCAGUUUGUCACAGAUUUGGGUUAUUGCUGGCUCCUUUGGUUUUGAUCUUAAUACUAUAGAAGCUGGUUGGCAGGUAAGUCCAGAAUUAUAUGGAGACAGCAAUCCUAGGUUCUUCACUUAUUGGACAACAGAUGCAUAUCAAGCAACUGGGUGCUACAAUUUGUUGUGUUCUGGAUUUAUCCAAACUAACAAUAGGAUAGCAAUAGGUGCAGCAAUCUCACCAAGAUCUACAUAUAAUAGCAAACAAUUUGAUAUUGGCCUAAUGGUUUGGAAGGAUCCAAGACAUGGACACUGGUGGCUGGAAUUUGGUUCAGGAUUAUUAGUAGGUUACUGGCCAGCAACCAUGUUUAGCCACUUAAGAAGCCAUGCAAGCAUGGUUCAAUUUGGUGGAGAAAUUGUGAACUCUCGUUCAAGGGGUUACCACACUGGAACUCAGAUGGGGAGUGGCCACUUUGCUGGUGAAGGUUUUAGAAAAGCAGCAUAUUUUAGGAACUUGCAAAUUGUUGAUUGGGACAACAACUUGCUACCUCUCUCAAACAUUCACCAAUUAGCAGAUCAUUCUAAUUGCUAUGACAUUAGGCAAGGAAGCAACAAUGUUUGGGGACAUUACUUUUAUUAUGGAGGUCCCGGACGAAAUGUCCGAUGUCCUUGAAACAUAUACAAAUGUCGAAUUUAUAUGCAUUCACACCGCGUUUGGUAAUUGUCCUGUGACAUAAUACGUAGACGUUGAAACAGUAGAAAUAGAGAAAAAGAUGGAGACGCAUAUACAGUUGUCUUCAUGUACAGUCGAUAAUUGAAAAUCGUCAAAUGAAAAUUUAGUAUCAAUCUCACAUGAAGACAACUGUAUAUGAGUUUUUCUUCCUAGAGAAAAUUUGUUCUUUUCUUAAA